AAUAGGCUUCUGACAAAUAUCGAGGAACAAAAGAAAUUAAUGUUCGACAACCUGCAAUAGUAUUAUUGAAUCCUGAAGAUGCAGGCUCAUUAUUAGAAGAAUCAAUUACUGAUCUUCAAAAGAAAACAGCAGCAUAUUGGAAUGAAAGGGCAUUCAUUUAUAUCAUGGGUAAUUGUUUAUUAACUAGUGGAUACCUUAUAUAAUUUAGAACUAUACUUCUUUUACCAUAUAUAUAUAUAUAUAUAUAUAUAUACUAUUCUAGGUUCUGAUGAAUACUUUUACAGACCGCAACAUCGAGUGACAACAAAUCCAAAUAAUAGUCAAGUAUCAAAUGAAGGUUCACCAUCUAUGAAAAGUAAUGAAGCACCUAUAGGUGCACCUGAUGAAUGGGAAAAAAUGAUUCAACACUACCAACAGAAACAUAAAAAAUAA